AGUCGAACUGCUGCUCAUCGCAGCUUCAGUUGUUCAGUCCAGCGCGAUGCCUCGCUUCACCGUCCACAUCCGUGACGAGUGGCUAACCGUUCCAUGCAAAGAUGCAACCUACACUAUUAAGUGGUUGGGCAUGGAAGCUCUCAAGCGUUACAUUAAAAACAAACCUGACAACGGAGGGAUCCGGUCAAUCAAAGAAGUGCAUUUUUGGGUCAGAAGAUGCCAAGGAUUGGGGCUGUUGGAUAAUGAUGAUAUCAUUGAAGAAGUUCUUGAGGAUAAUGACUUUGUUGAACUUGCAUUUGAAGGAGACACUAUGUCAACAGACUUCAUACCAAGCCAGCCUGGGACUUCACAUCUAACAAGAACGUACAGGCCACCGAUAGAUUACAUUUCUCUAGAUGGAAACAGCUUGAGUUCAACAGAUCUGGUAAAUUUGGGGAAAGGCCUCUAUAAGAUUAAGUUGACUCCAGAGGCUGAGCAGAAGGUUGUGGAGGCAAGAGAGCUUCUGGAUACCAUUGUGAAAGAGAAUAAAGUUGUAUAUGGCAUCACUACAGGGUUUGGUAAAUUUGCACGGACUGUCAUUCCAGUCAGCAAGCUCAAGGAACUUCAAGAAAAUCUCCUUCGCUCACAUUCAUCAGGUCUGGGAAGCCCUUUGAGUCCAGAAAGGACUAGAAUGCUUCUCGCCCUAAGAAUCAAUGUUUUGGCUAAAGGUCACAGUGGUGUUUCAUUGGAGACCCUUCACAACAUGAUACAGGCAUUCAAUGCUUCCUGUUUGUCCUACGUCCCAGAGAAGGGCACGGUAGGUGCGAGUGGAGAUCUCGCCCCCCUUUCUCAUCUCGCCCUCGGUCUGAUGGGUGAAGGAAAGAUGUGGUCGCCCAAGAGCGGCUGGGCAGAUGCCAAAUAUGUCUUGGAAGCACAUGGUCUGAAACCCAUAUCUCUGAAGCCAAAGGAGGGUUUAGCAUUAAUCAAUGGGACCCAGAUGAUCACUUCAUUGGGUGCAGAGGCCGUGGAGAGGGCUGAGGCCAUCGCCCGCCAGGCUGACAUCAUUGCUGCCCUGACCCUAGAGGUUCUGAAGGGGACCACAAAAGCCUUUGAUAGCGAUAUCCAUAAACUCCGUCCUCAUCCAGGACAGAAUGAAGUGGCUUUGCGGUUUCGUUCUCUUCUGGAUUCUGAUCAUCACCCGUCUGAAAUAGCAGAAAGCCAUCGGUUUUGUGACAGAGUUCAAGAUGCCUACACCAUGCGCUGUUGUCCACAGGUCCAUGGAAUUGCGAAUGACACAAUAGACUUUGUCAAGAAAAUCAUUAAUACUGAAAUAAACAGUGCCACAGACAAUCCUAUGGUGUUUGCAGAAAGAGGAGAAACCAUAUCUGGUGGAAAUUUCCACGGAGAAUAUCCAGCAAAGGCUCUGGAUUAUUUGGCGAUCGGGGUGCACGAGUUGGCUUCCAUCAGCGAGCGGCGCAUCGAACGUCUUUGCAAUCCGUCGCUCAGCGAACUGCCUGCGUUCCUGGUGAACGAAGGAGGCCUGAACUCUGGCUUCAUGAUCGCCCACUGCACCGCCGCGGCUCUCGUUUCAGAGAACAAAGUACUUUGCCACCCCUCCUCUAUUGACUCCCUUUCGACUAGCGCGGCCACUGAAGACCACGUGUCCAUGGGAGGCUGGGCCGCCCGCAAAGCACUCAGAGUGGUGGAGCAUGUCGAACAAGUGCUAGCAAUCGAGCUGUUAGCAGCCUGUCAGGGUAUCGAAUUCCUACGUCCACUGCGUACAACAACCCCAUUGGAGAAAGUCUACGAUCUUGUGCGCACUACAGUCAAGCCCUGGAUGAAAGACAGAUUCAUGGCUCCAGAUAUUGAAGCUGUACAUCGACUUCUUGUUGACCAAAAGGUUUGGAAUAUUGCCGAGCCAUACAUUGAGAAAUAUUGCAUGGAAGUCAUCCCAGAGUCCCGCCCCUCUUCCCCCACCGCCUUCGCUCUGGACCCGCCCCCAUCACCACGGAAACGGGUCAGACUGGAGUGACAGACAGCAUCCCUGUACAUUCUGUCUUAUAUUAUAAAAAUCUGCAUAAUUUAUAGUAAAACUAGUUGGCAUUUUGUUGGUCCAUAUGCAGCAUCUGUGUCAAAGUUGUUUUAAAUGCUAAUGAAUAAAUAUCUUUUAAUAUCA